AUGUGGUGGUGGAAGAGGUACAUAGGUAGUGGUGCUGUCGUGGCUUUGAGUUGGGCGUAUGGUGCUACUUGUAGUGCUUGCUUUGCACCUCCAUUUUGGGCCAGUGAGAACACAGAAGGAGGACAAAGCUGCGACGUAGGGGUUUGCAGUCAAAGGGCAUUAUAUUGUCUCCGGAGAGGAGAGUAUAUUGUGGAUGAGUUUAUAGCAUUUCAACAGGAACAACAAUCCCACCUUACCUGCUCCCUGGAUGUAGAGGCAAGUAUAGAAGCCAUGCCUGUUAUGAGCUAUGCAGCAAGUGAGGUUCCCAUUGGCUCAUGCAAGGACUUCAAGCACGUUUACGCGGCUGUUGUUGUUUCCGCAGCUUGCCGACCGAUGCCCUGGCGCUGGACGGCAGGGAUGAACCUAGUUCUGGAUGCAGGUACUGCAAGGUCGUCUAUGAGGAUUGAGCAGGGAGUCGACCCAGUUUUACCCCCCUCUAGAAAUCUCGUUAUCAAUUAUCAAGUCGGAUCCCAACAAGAUGUUUGCGGUAAACAGUCCGAUAUCGGUCAGGUCUCCGGGGCGUUAAGAGCAUCUGCAACAGACGCAAAACACAAAAUUCCAGGUUACACAUUCCUCGUAUCCGUUGGAGGCAAUCUCAUCACACUGCCUCAUGGGGUAGGCUUCGAGAACAAUAGUGUAAAGCUAGAGGGCGCUCCUCAUGCGUGGGUUGCAUAUGCUUCGGCUGAGCGUUGCAUUUCAGCUCGGCAAUCAUUUCGUAAGACCGGCAAAGGACAGCACAGCAGGUAUCAGAGAGAGAUUGAAAAGGAAGGAGGAGGAGGAGAGGAGAUGACGAUCCUACCGUUCAACCCACUGAGUAGAUAG